AUGGUGCUCUAUGGAGUAUUAGCAGAAGCCGGGAGUGUCGAAUCCUCAUCGGAACGAACUGAUCGAAUGCAGUACUCGCCGGAGAAGGAAGUAAUGUAUAGAGGUGUACGCCGGAGACCAUGGGGAAAGUACGCCGCUGAAAUAAGGGAUUCUACGAGGAAUAGCGUGAGAGUGUGGUUGGGAACUUUUGACAAUGCAGAAGCAGCAGCCUUGGCUUAUGAUCAAGCGGCAUUUGCCAUGCGAGGGUCGACCGCGGUGCUCAACUUUCCGGCCGAUGUUGUUUACGAAUCUCUGAAAGAGAUGAGGUACGGUUUCGAGGCUGGAUGUUCGCCGGUGCUGGCAUUGAAGAAAAGACACUCUAUGAAGAGGAAAGCAGCGAGUAACAAGAAGAAGAAGGAGGAGCUAAGGCUAGAAAACUUGGUGGUUUUGGAGGACUUGGGUUCUGAAUAUUUGGAUGAACUCCUUAGUUUGUCUGAAAAGUCUUCUACUUGGAGAAGAAUCAACAAUAGUUCAAUUGGUUAG